AUGGAAACAGAACAGGAAUGGAAAUUUAUCAAAAACGCGAUUCAAAACCGAGAAGGCAGUGAAUAUGGGGAAUGGUUUAUUGGUUUGGAGAUGAAUAUAACAACAAGAAACUGGACUUGGGUCAAUGGAAAAUCUCUGACAAUUGACAAAUGGGAGAAGUCAAGUCCUUACUCAAAUGACUUUUACGGGCUGAUUCACGAGGAAUUUCCACUUGGAUUUAAAGGAUCUUUUAGCACCAUUGAAGGAGACGUACAAAGAGGAUGGAUUUGUGAGAAAGAAUCAGGUAUUGAUUAAGACCAGAUAAAAGAAAUUAUUUUAGCUUCAUCAAGCUUUAUUAUUAUGCAUGAAUCAGAAUUAACUAUAAGCUGCCUGCUUCCUUUCCCACCCCUUAUCUCUCCUUUUUCCCAUCUUUCCCUCUUUGCCUAAUGGGACCACCUCAUACGAAGGCUCGUCAUCUUCAGGGGAACAGUUCCCGUAAUACCAGCCACUUUGAUAAAAGUUAAGAGAUAAAUUAUUGGGAAUGCCUAAGAAAAUGUACUGAUUCGUGGCUGGCUAUGGGCAAGCUCGAGAAAUAAUACAUCUCUGUCAAUUCGAAAUGCCACGCCACAAAUGUCUACCUAGUAACAGUGUCAAUUGUCAUGUUUUUUUUUAACAGACAAUUGUCAAGGAGUCUGUUUCCUCCAUCCUGUUCCAAGAAGUACAAAUCCUCCUGGAACCACAACUGUAACAAAAAUUGUUGCAACAAAAGGGAAGACGUCAACCGAACGGGAUAUCGCUGCUGUAUCAGGUAAGAUCGCUGAUUGAUUGACAAUUUUGAUUGAUUGAGGAUAUAUAAAAGAGCAACUUCCUAAGAUUAGCCUAAUUUUGUUUGUUUGUUUGUGUUUGUUUUUGUUUUGAUUUAUUGUUGUUUGUUUUUUGUGUUUUUGUUUUUAUCCGUUCCUGUUUUACUUCGACUUGUCUUUUCAUGUUUUUGGUUUUGUUUCAUUUGGUUGUUCUUCCUGUAUGCUUCUUUGCUCGUUGUUGAUGUUGAUUUGUUUUUGUGUGUGUGGCAGAGUUUAAGGGACCUCUUUGCAUUUGAUAUUGGUUUUCCUUCUUUUCGUUCUUUUGUACGCGUGAAGGUUGGACAGUCGGUAAAGAAUUUUGCCAGAUCAUUCAGGGGAACUAUUCAUGAUUGGUAUUACAAACUCUUGAUAUAUCACGACUAACGUCAUUAGAAAUUUGAAAAUACAAAUGCAUUUAAUCCAGGAUCUUCAACAACUGCGUUCAUACCAACCACGGUAAUCACAGAUGACAACUGUUACAGUAGUUCUGAUAAAGUAAUGAUAAUUGCUGCUUCCUCGGCAGCAGUGUUCUUCGUUGUGUUGAUCAUUCUCGUUGCAUUUAUGUUACUAAAGCGAAGGAAUCGCCAACGAAAAGGUAAAUACGUUCGAUUUGUUUUACUUUUUUCUUACCUGACAUUUGUUGCAAUGAUACGAUUAUUUAGAUAUCACUACUUCAUGGAAGCCAUUUACUGGCCUUCUUUAAUUUCAACCAGCGAAAUUCAUUGGGUCUGCGAAAAGAAAACUGAAGAUAAAUCACACCAUAUAGCGGAAUCAAAACAGGGAUUUUUUCAGAAAAAAAAAAAUAUAUUUUCUCGGUUUUCAAAUCAUAUUAAUUGCCGAUUGGAUCCUUGGCUUAUACAUGAGAAGCUGUUUUGUUUCCAUAAAUGGUAGGUAUCACUACAGCUCAAAUUUGACGUAUCUGUAUACCUUGGGGAUGGAAAUCAUGAUCUUCAGCCUCUUCCUAAAAUUCAUUAACCACAACUAAUUGCCUUUGACUUCUCAAAUUUUACUUCCUUUGCCGAUGUCGUACUUUUAAGCGUUGUCGUAUGAAGAAGCAGCACUGAACAUGUGAUAAGAUUUUCGCUAAAUAUUGAAACUACAGGUUUACGGGUGAUCAUUAACAUUGUUUAGACACAAAUCUCUACGAUAACAGAAAUAUUCCGCUUUGUUCAUGCCACUGUUAUAGUGUGGCGGGAAACGAACUUGUCUGCUCUACAUGCAGUGAUAAUCAUGGUUAUGUUUCCUAAAUGCACAUCUUUUUAGAUGCAGAAAGCACAGUGUCGAAAGAAUCAUCGUAAGUGUCUAUUUCUUUUUUUUUCUGAAAUGCUUUCCAACUGGUACUUAUUGAAUAGUUUCAGGUAAAACUAGCAUUCCAGCCAGCUUUGAAAGUCAUAUCCUCUUGUUGUUAUGAUUAUUGCUAUUUCCUCCUUCCCUAGAAAAAAUGCAAUUCUAUAGAAAGGUUACCCUCCCCCCUCAGGUUUCCCUUUUAAAAGUGAUCGUACCAAUCUAUACUCCUGGAUGGAUACAAGCAGUCUAAAGCAUCUCUGCAAGCUCGAACCCAGACCUACAGAUCCGAAUCCUUCAGCACACAAACCCCGUAUGCUCCACGUGUAAGCAAACGAGUGUGCAUGUUAUACUGAAGUUUGCUUGAAAAAAGAAAACCGUAAAAUUUGAGUCGAAUCUAGGUUCAAAGUUCAUUGCUUAGAGGCGUUAUCUCGUCUCAUAAUCUUCACAAGGUAUUGGGGCUAUCGCCAGGUAGAAGAUAAUACAACUGCUCGUUCAAGAGUUUUUACGUGGUCUAUUUUUUUUCAAAUUGUAUGGAGCACGAAAACCCUGAUUUCUUUGAAGUUGGUUACCCAAACAUCAUUUAACAACAAGAGGCACUUGUGAAAACAAAUUUAGACCGAGUAUCUUCCAACAAAAGUGAUAUUCAAAGAGAUAUAUAAACAGCAUCCAUCACCGUUGUUGAUGGGCAAGACUACCUCCCUCACCUACGAGCAUGUAACAGAAUGAGGAAAUAUCAACUCUGCAUUAAUCACGGCAUUUGAUAAUAACGGAAACAAAACGUCUCUUUGCGUUUUCGCUGAUAUGAUUCCCAUAUAUUUUACGGAAAAGAAAAUUUGUGGAUUUUUUUAACUUUUGUUUUGUUGUCUUACAGCUAGCAAUCAGGGUAUCUCCAUUGUCAGACGCCAUCUAUAGCUAGCUUACUUUGUUUCUUGUUCUCUUUUUGUGUGUUUAUUUGUAACCUCUCACUACACAGGAAUCAACGCGACUUUCAAGACGGUUUCCCGUUGAUUACUUUGAAUGAUUGUGCCCAGCCUAGUUUUUCCGCAAGAAAUGAAACCAAGAAUGACAGGCUCCAAAGUCAACCGUCUGUCCAACGGGAGGGUGUAUAUACUGCACUGUGUCCUCAGUCAAUGAUGGUAACUGUACAUAAAAUGAGACGAAAAUUAUCCGAUAUGAUCCAAUUUUGAUUUUUUGAAAAAAAAAAUAAACAACUGAAUUAAUAUUUCUUAACCAAUAAAACUGUCUGUUUCGCAGACACCUGAAGGGAACGGUUCACGAACGUACGCGUCGCUUAAUGAAUCUACAAGAAAAGCCGAAAACAUUGAAUAUGAGAAUUUAUUACCGGCUCAUGGGUAUGUUAAUACUUCACCAUCAGAAAACUUGUCAAAAACUAAGGUGGAUUGUUUGUUAGACAUUUAGCGUUAAUUCAGGAUCAUAAAGAUGAAGUAAACCAAGUGUUGAUAGCACUUAGAUUUUGAGAGGAGUUUAUUUCAUGAGUGGCAAUCGAGUCCGCAGUUUUUCCUCCCUGCGGUUGAAAAACCUAUGUAAGCUUAAAAUUCCGGUUGAAAUCAUUUCUCAAAUUAGGCAACAGCUAACCUACGUUUGCUUCUUCUAUUUUUUAUUUAUUUAUUUAGGUUCCAACGUAAACGGUUUAUCCCAUGGGAGGACGUGCGUAACGAGCUGAGUCCAGAGUCAAUGAUGGUAAUUACGCAUAAAAUGAAUUCAAAUCACCUAAUAUGAUCCCCAUAUGAUGAUUCAACAUUAAAUUACAAAAAAAUGCAAAGAAAAAAUUACGAUACGUAAAAUUGUUUUCAAACCGCUCUGCUAUGUCUAUUUAUAUAUCUAUCUAUUCCUUUAUAUAUAUGUAUGUUUAAACAUCGCAAUUUCUCUGAUGAAACAUCACAUUGCCAGUUAGAGGUGUGUCAUUUGGAAACAUGCACAACGUUUAAAAAACUAUGUACUAUUCUAAACUUUUAGCCGAAUUUAUGCCAGAAAAUCUAUAUUUAGUUAAACUAUAUUUUCACAAGAUGUAGUAAAUUAAUUGAUGACCUUAGUGGUAAGCACAAUAUGUCACAAAGACAUGAAUAGAAAUGUUAUUUAAAUACAUACAUAUUUUGCACGAUCUGGAGAAAAUAAUGUCCCAUAUUUAUACUUGACACGACCUAAUUAUUGCUAGGCUAUGUUUCUGGUUUUGUUCAAUUUUGUUUAUUGACAGUGGAGGGUUUAGUCAAGCAAACAGCAAGUUACAAAGGAAUCGAGAGCACAGCUCGAUAAACCUUGCCUGUCAAGUCAAUAAAACCAUCAGUUUUCUAACAAAUAAAACUGGUUAUUUUGCAGGCCCCAGAAGGCGAGGGUUCCCGAACUUACACAUCUACGUGGGAAGACAGCGACAUUGAUUAUGUCAAUCAAAUACCUAAUCCUGAAUAUGUGAAUGAAAUACCUAGUCCUGAGUAUGUUAAUGUUUGAGUGGAUUGUUCGUGAGACGGCUUGCGCUAAUUUAGGAUUAAAAAGCUGAAGUAAACAAUGCAAUAAUAGUACUAAUCCCAGCAAAGCCACAAAGGGAAAGAAUUCCUGUUGACACUGGGUCAAUUUAAUUGUGGUUUCAGAAACCCACUUCGAAAUGGACUGUAAAUUGUGCUAUUUUGGCGUCUAAACAUUCUUCUUUGUUCGUGCAUGCUGCCCC